AUGGUUGGUCAAUUUAUUCCAUCAAGUGGAAAUAAAUCGUUUAUAUUAUCUUGGGGCAUAAGAGAAAGUAGAGAAAUAUCUUUACAAAAAGGGUAUAUAAACAUUCAAAAAAUUGCUGAUCAUUUGCAUUUAUCAAGUCAACAUAUAGAAGCAGCACAAAGAAUUUAUUUAAUGGCAUUACAGAGAAAUUUCACUAUGGGAAGAAAUAAUUCUUAUGUUGCUGCAUCUUGCUUAUAUACUAUUUGUAGAAGAGAAAAGUCUCCAAUAAUGUUAAUUGAUUUUAGUGAUAUUUUACAAACACCCGUAAAACCUUUAGGAAAAACAUUCUUAAAAUUAUUAAGAUUAUUACAUAUUAAUGUUCCAAAUAUUGAUCCUUCCUUAUUUUUAGAAAGAUUUGCUCAUAAACUUAAUUUAAAAAAUGAUAUUUAUAAAGUUACAUAUACAGGGAUAAAACUUAUUCAAGCCAUGACAAGGGAUUGGAUUAGUACAGGAAGAAGACCUACAGGAUUAUGUGGAGCAGCUCUUUUAAUAUCUACUAGAAUACAUGGAAUUUCUAUUAAUUCUAAUACAAUUGCUGACAUUGUAAGGAUUUCUAAUCCAACUAUUAUUAAAAGAUUAUCAGAAUUUAAAAACACAAAUACUGCUAAAAUUAAAGCAUCUGAAUUUGAUAAAAUUUCCAUAACUGAUAUUCCAUCAAAUAGUAUACCUCCAUGUGUUAUUUAUGACAAUAAAAAGAAAUUGAAGCAUAAUUUUAUUGAAAAAAAUAAAACAUUAUCACUAUGUGAUAGUGAAGAGCAGGAUAAUAGAAGCAGAAAGUCAAUAUCCUAUGGUGAAACAUUUAGUGAUGAUAUUUUCUCUCAAAAAAGCAAUGAUGAAAAUAAUUUGAAUAUGAUUAGUAAUAUAAAUGAUGAUAACACUUCUAAUGAUAACAACUUGUCUCAUAUUGAUGGUCCGUCAUUUAAUAAUAAUAAUAAUAACGAACAUUCAACUAACAGUAUUACAUAUGAUAAUAAGGAAAAAAGUUCUACAGAAAGUGAGAAAGAAAAAAAUAUUAACCAUAGUAAUAAUGGAAUAAAUUUAGAGGAGAUAUGCAAUGAAAAUCCUGAAGGAAAUGAUAUAGAUAAUUUAGCUUUAAAAAUAAUUAAUACUAUUAAUAUAGAAAAUAAUCCAAAUAUACUAAAAAAUGUAAAUAAUAACUUCUCAAUAAAUUGUGAUGAAAAAAUAGACUAUACAUCAAAUUUAGAAAAAUGUGAAUUUAAAAAGAAAAAAGAGCUUUUUAUGGAUAAUUUUUCUAUGAAAUCUACCACAUCUAUGUGUAGUAUAAAUAAAUUAUCAGAUAUGGAAUCAUAUGUUUCUGCAUCUAACUUUUCAGAUAACAUUAAUGAAUUAAAUAAAGCUAAAAUAAGUGACGAAAAGAAUUCUCUAAUUAAUGAUGAAAUGAAAAAUGGUGAAAAAAUUAACACAUUCAUUAAUAAUGAUACAAAUAUUAAUGAUAACAUUAGUUAUGGUAGUAAUGAUGAUGAUAGUAAUAGUAAUAUGAUUAAAACUAUGCCUAAUAGUUCUAAUAGUAGCAAUUUAUCUUUAUCAAGAAACUAUUAUAAUGAAACUACAUAUUUAGAAACUAAUAAUAUUAUUGAAAGUAACAAUAAUACUGUCAGUUCAAAUAUUUUAGAACAAAAUAAUUUAGAUAAAGAAAAACAAAAAAUAGAUAGUAGCUAUUGCACUACUUUAAAAGAAACUGUAAGUUGUGAAUUAAAUAGCAUUUUAAAUGAAGUUGAAGAUUAUAAUUUUUUAGAAUGUAACAUUCAAAAUAAAGAUAGGAAUAAUAAAAAAAAUAUGAAUAAUGUUAAUAUUUUAACAGAUUUUAAUUAUUUUUUCGAAAAUAACUCAAAUUCAGUUAAUGAUCAAAAUACUUCAUUUUGCGGAAAUUCAGAUACUUCAAUUGACCAAAAUGAUGAAACUUUAAGUGAUAUUUAUGAUAGCGAAAUAGAAAGUAUGAUUUUAACUGAGAAAGAAAAGGAAGUAAAAAUGUUGAUAUGGGAUGAUAUGAUGAAAAAUUAUUUACCUCAUAUAUGUAAACAAUUAAAAAGACAGAAAAAAAGAAGUAAUGAGGAAAAUAAUAAUGAAAAAAAAAAAAUUAGAAAUAAAAAGAAAAAAGUGGAAGAUUAUUCAGAAACUCAGUCAACAGGGGAUUCCGUUUUAAAAGCUCUUGAAAAAUCUGAUAAAAAUUUGCCUAAUAAAAUAAAUUAUGAUGUAUUAAAAUCUCUUUUUUCAUCAUAA